AUGCCUCGACAACCUAUUAAUCGUCCAUCCAGCCAUUCUAACUCUAUAUCAGGGAAAGAGAAUGAGGAGACAUCGAUUCCCCCUGGGUCGCCUUGCAAUAAUAGUAGAUAUACCAGGCGCAGCCGCAAUCGAUCCACCUCUACGGUUUCCCCCGUCAGCGUAACACCUCCCCUGUCAUCUUGUGCACCGCGUCGACAGUCUCCCAGCUUUUCCUCUCACGAAAUUAACUUCGGGAGCCACCCAAGACCCACAAGCAGGUCCAGCAAUACCCGAACUGGGCGACGUCGCUCAGUUUCAACAAUCCCACUACAAUCCCCCCAAGCACUCUCCAAUACGGUGACUUUCACAUUGCCACGUAAUCUACCAAGGCAUCCGGCCAUUGUUACCUCGGAGCACCUGGCCUCCCUCGAUGAGCGUCUUAGGGGAAUUCCUAUCAGGUUCCUUCACAAACGCCUAAGAGAGAUGUCUCCUUUACUUCAACAAGGACUGACAGCUAUCGGCAACGGCGUUCGCCGACCAUCAAGUGCUUCCCCUCCUAGCUCCCCACCCUCAUCUAUUCCACCUAAAAUUACCGUUAAAAAUGGUAACGCAAGAUCAGUCGAAGUAACGCUCAAUCACGCAACAGGGAAACUCCCCACACACGCAGUAGCAAUCAUCGGUUCCCCUUCUGCUGGUCACAUUUACCCCAUCCAUGGCCUUCUUUACGCAGCCCAUUGUGCACUGUUUCCACUCCCGCCAGGCUCGUUGUCGGCUUCAGAUCCGGAGCCUCAGCGGUCACCAACCAAUCAUCGCCUGACACUUUCCCUUCCUCUCAUAAGCCUCAAACUGCCCCACCCCGAUUCUUUCUCGGCUAUCAACACUUUCUUCUACACUGAAAAUCCCGCUGGCCUCCUUAGAGUCCUCCUUCCUGUGCCGCACUCAAUCUUGGACAAAUUCCCCGCCAAUAAGGACCCAGACACAACAUCUCUGCGGCCCGCCCUCAGCACACAGAUUGCUGCGACUUUUAACCCUCCGUUCUACUAG